AUCCAGAGGGAGAGAGCGAGCAAAGGCUUGAAUCAAAUCUAUGGGUGUCCAAUCUGUCCUGAUCUGCACUAAAACAUCGGGCCUCUCCCGGUCAAGCCUUUGCCUGAGCGGAGCUUCUUGUCUCUGCAGCUGCUCUGCUCAGCUCCUUUGUUUAGAUCGCUUUAGUUUUAUGAUCUCUGCACCCGGAAUCAGAUUAUUUGCUGUAUUUGUUUAGAAUGGGAAACGCUGAAGACCCUGUAAGAAAAAGGGAAACCUAAGGAUGCUGGAGCAGAACAAUGGAUUUCUCCUUCUCUUUCAUGCAAGGGAUCAUGGGAAACACAAUCCAGCAACCGCCUCAGCUCAUUGACUCAGCUAACAUCCGACAGGAGGACGUAUACGAUGCCAUCAGCGACCCCGGGGAUGAGGGAGGCCCCUCCGCCUACGAUUCGCCCCUCGAUCCGGGGUUCUCAUAUCCUCCGGACGACCUAGGGGUUGUCACCAACGGUUACCAGGCAGGAAUUGGUGCCUACGAGCAGCAGGCCAAGUUCGCGCUGUACUCGCAGUUCCCUAACGGCUCGGCUAACGGCUAUGGCGCCAUCCGCAACUAUCACCCCGACCACGGGCUGAUCUUAGGGGAGGGAACAGUGCUGAGGUCACCUGUGGUGCAGGAAAAAGCUGCAUCUCACAUCUCUUCCCCUCCUCUUCCUCCGUCUCACUCUCAUCUUCAUCACCACCCCCAUACUCAUCCUCACCAUCAGUCGCAGCAGCACCAGCCCAAUUCUCAACUUUUACCUCAUCACCCUCCUGCUCCUCCUCCGCCGCCUCCUCCUCCGCCGCCACCGCCUCCGUCUUCCUUGUCCUCACAUCAUUUGCAGCCGGUUUACCCCCCUCCUCCCCUCAUCCUGCCUUCCACUCCACCUCCCCUUCAUGCUUCCAUUCAGGACUCAGCCUCAGAGCCCGUCACCCAGAAGAAGUCGAACUCCCCGGAAAUCAAGAUCAAGAUCAUAAAGACGUAUCAGAACGGACGCGAGCUGUUCGAGUCGUCGCUGUGCGGAGACCUGCUGCACGAGUUCCAGGAGUCGACCAGGAGGAACGAGCACAAGAAGGAGAAGAGAAAAAAGAAAAAUAGCCGACACGGUGCCUUCCCCGAACAGGAAGUGAAGCUCGGUGAUGGCCAGGAUGUGAUACAAGAGCAGCAACCGACCCUGAGUCUCAAAAGCCCUAAAACAGAACCCAAGGAGGUCCGAGUGGAUAAAAUCAUGACUUCGGUGUGUGUGGAGUAUGAGAUCGGAGAUCUGGUGUGGGCUAAAGUAGGGACGUACCCAUGGUGGCCCUGCAUGGUCUCCUCAGACCCCCAGCUAAAGGUUCACAUACGCAUUAACACCAGAGGUCACCGGGAAUACCAUGUACAGUUUUUCGGCAGUGUGGCUGAGCGGGCUUGGAUUCAUGAGAAGAGGAUCGUGGUGUAUAAAGGAGAGAGUCAGUUUGAGGAACUGCAGGCAGAAACUUUACGCAAAACCACCAAUCCCACUGAGAGACAGAAGCUGCUGAAGCCUCGGACUCAGAGGGAGCGCGCUCAGUGGGAAGUGGGCGUCGGCCACGCUGAGGCGGCAAACGCCAUGACCCGAGAGGAGCGUAAUGAGAAUUACACGUUCAUUUACAUUGACAAACUUCCUGCUGAUACAGAACCCAGCGAUGACCCUGUUACCCCAACGAGGAUGAAAAAACGGAGGACAAGACGCUCCAAGAGCUUAAAGAAAGACGAUCCUGCAACACUCCCACGCCGUCAGCAGCCUCGACGCCAGUGCAGCGUUUCAGACACUCAGGAGGAAGAGGCGGAGCCUGAGGACACAACAGAAACGCAACCAUCGCCCCCUCCGGUCCGGACUCCUUGGAGAACGGCGGCCGCUCGGAAGCUGCUUCCGCUCUCCGUCACAAUGAAGAAGCUUAACGUGGAGAUCGUCAAAUGCGAUUGGCAGCUGCCCAAAGAGAAGGUGGAGAUAAAAAAGGAGGUGGAGAGAGACGACGAACGAGUUCAGUCUCCGGAGGGUUCGAGCGAUAAAGCAGAGGGGGAGACGUUCUCCAGUGAGGAGGAGAGAACAGCAUGGAGUGAGCCAGAGAGUGCAGAACUCACACACACUCCUGUUACUGAACAUGGCUCAGAGUCGAUGGAAAGGAAGCUGCAGCGACGAUGUAUGAGGAGUCGCUCCGAGUCGGAAAAGUGCGUCGAUCCAGUUCCAAAGAAAAAGGUCAAAAAAGAACAGGUGGAGGCGAUGCCUCAGAUGGACUUUAAGACGGGAUCACAAAAAGGAGCCAGUGAGAUCUCAGAUUCUUGUAAACCACUGAAGAAACGCAGCAGAGCCUCGACGGACGUCGAAGUUACGAGCUCUAUUUACAGAGACACGUCCGACUCUGAUUCCAGAGGCCUCAACGACAUGCAGUGUGUGUUUGAGAAACGUUCAGACAGUCCCGGUAUGGUGGACGCCGACGGCUCGGAUGCCCAGUCAGAAGAUUCGCACAUCUCUCGGCAGGGCAACUCCAAAAAGGAUAUGGUGUGUCAGGUCUGUGAGAGGUUUGGAGAUUCCCUGCUUUGCUGUGAGGGCGAGUGUAACAGGUUUUUUCAUCCAGAGUGUUUGGCCUCAGCUGGGGGAACAGAGGGAGAAAACAUUUGCACCGAGUGCAAAACAGGUUCACACCCGUGUUUCUCCUGCAAACGCACUGAUGAUGAUGUGAAGCCGUGUUCGGUCAGUGGGUGCGGUCGCUUCUAUCACGAGUCCUGUGCUUGGAAAUACGCGGGUACUGCAGCCGAGCCACGAGGCCUGAGGUGCCCACAGCACUGCUGCGAUACUUGCUGGCUGGAAAAGGACUCACAAAAGGCCCACAAAGGCCGGAUGAUGCGCUGUAUCCGCUGUCCGGUAGCCUAUCAUGCAGGCGAUCUGUGUAUAGCAGCCGGCAGCGUAGUAAUCACGCCUCACGUCAUCGUGUGCAGCAGUCACUCGGGCACAAGGAAAAACGGCCAUCUCGGCUCCUCCGUAAACGUAGGCUGGUGUUUCGUUUGCUCGCGAGGACGCUUAGUGCACGACCUCACUGACACCGUAUUAAGUUCUUAUACGUUUAAGUCUCACUACCUUCUGACUGAGUCAAAUCGUGCUGAGUUGAUGAAAUUACCUCUGAUUCCUUCUCCUUCGUCAGCUACCCAAAAGAAUCCGGCCAAAGGAGGAAGACUACUGUGCUGCGAGGCAUGCCCCGCCUCCUUCCACCCAUCCUGUUUAAAUAUGGAGAUGCCUGAGGGAGCCUGGCUGUGUAGUGAAUGCAGAGCGGGAAAGAAACCUCGCUACAAACAGAUCGUCUGGGUCAAGCUGGGCAACUACAGAUGGUGGCCUGCGGAGAUCUGUAACCCUCGGCUGGUUCCGUCCAACAUCCAGAACUUGAAACAUGACAUCGGGGACUUUCCUGUCUUUUUCUUCGGGUCGCACGAUUACUACUGGAUCCAUCAGGGCCGAGUUUUCCCAUACUUGGAAAAUGACAAGAACUUUGCUGAGGGACAAAUUGGGAUUAACAAGACAUUUAAAAAAGCACUCGAGGAGGCAGCGAGGAGGUUUCAGGAGCUGAAAUCUCAGCGAGAGACCAAAGAAGCCCUGGAACAGGAACGCAGCUCACGUCGGCCUCCUCCAUACAAACUCAUCAAGUGUAACAAGCCCAUAGGGAAGGUGCAGGUGUGUUUUGCCGACCUGUCAGAAAUCCCACGCUGCAACUGCAAGCCGACCGACGAGCGCCCGUGCUCUCAGGAGUCGGAGUGUGUGAACCGGGCUCUGCAGUACGAGUGUCACCCGCAGGUGUGUGUCGCCGCCGAGCGCUGCCUCAACCAGAGCUUCAACAAACGGCAGUAUCCAAAAAUGGAGGUGAUCAAAACGGAGACGUGCGGCUGGGGCCUCAAAACCAAACAGGAUCUCAAAAAGGGAGAUUUUGUGAUCGAGUACGUAGGAGAACUGAUCGAUCUGGAGGAAUGUCGACAGCGAAUCAGCCAUGCCAACAAGAACCACGUGACCAACUUCUACAUGCUCACCCUCACCAAGGAUCGUGUGAUCGAUGCUGGGCCCAAAGGGAACUUGUCACGCUUUAUAAAUCACAGCUGCAGUCCAAACUGCGAGACACAGAAAUGGACCGUGAACGGCGACGUCCGCAUCGGCCUCUUUACUCUGUGUGACAUCGCUGCAGACACGGAACUGACCUUUAAUUAUAACCUGGACUGUUUGGGGAACGGGAGGACGACGUGUCACUGUGGAGCUGACAACUGCAGCGGCUACUUGGGCGUCCGACCAAAGAGUGCUGUGGUUUUAGAAAAGGAGGAGAAAGUGAGAAACUCAAAGCUGAAGAUGAGGAAGAGGAAGCUGAAGAUGGAAAGCCGCAGUCACGAUUAUUACUGCUACAGCUGCGGUGAGGGCGGAGAACUGGUCAUGUGUGACAGGAAGGACUGUCCCAGAGCCUAUCAUCUGCUCUGCCUCAACCUGACCACGCCCCCUUAUGGUCGCUGGGAAUGCCCUUGGCACGAAUGCAGUGUGUGUCAGUGUCCCGCCUCUGCAUUUUGCUACUUUUGCCCCACCUCUUUCUGCCAGGAUCAUGAGUCGGGGAAGCUGGUGCUAUCUGCCCAGGAUAACCAGCCCUGUUGUCAAAAUCACGAUCCAGAACAAGCACCCAGCCUCCCUACUUCUGUGAGGGUGAAGGACGAAGAGGAAGCAGAGAGGGAAGAGGAUGAUGAGGGGGAUGCAGAGAGAGAGGCAGAAGAGGAUGAGGAGGGAGAAAUGGCUGAGUGACUGAGCAAAGCUCUUGUACUGAAAUACUUAAACACGGUCACUGGAAUUCAGAACGACGAGGCCCUCCACGCAGCUAGGGGGCGGUGUGCAUAUCAAAAUCACCAUACAUACAAGUCGGUUGUUGUCCAUUCCAGGUCUACAACAGCGGGCAUUUUCAUUUAUUGAGCCGAGAAGUCAUAAUUCACGACUUCACGGUUUCAGAUCCCGAAUUGUGGAAAUGAAUCACGCCCACUAAUCGUCACUUUACCGAUAUUUUCUUUUCCAAGCCGGGUUCUCGUUCACCCUCAGAGCGGAGCCGAAAUCUUUUACACACUCUCCAGUACCUACAACACCUUGAGAACUUCAUUCGAUGUACCUCAGUGUAAAUAGAAAGGAUUCAUAUGAGACACAUAGAUCAGAUUCUCUACAGUAGAAUUUUCACUACACGUCUGAAUAUCGGCUAGUUGUGAAAAAACAAAAAACAAACAAAAAAAAAAAAAAAACAAUGACUGUGACUCCGGUUUUGGUUACGUGCUGCCUCUUCAUACCCGUGCGUUUGUGAUUUGUAAGAUAUAUAUCACGAAUAUAUUUAUGACUACGUUUACAUCUGCUCACGGUGUACAGUAUUGUUCAUUGGUAUUAUUAGUGAGUUUGAUAUCACUAUUCUUAAUGUCAUUGUACAUGUGACCCUCCCCUCUUUUUUUUUUUUUUGUUUUCCUCAUUGCUCGCUCAGCCUGGAUUACGUUCAAUCUCACUCCUUGUCGUGACUGCUUAAUUUCAUAGACAAGCACUUAUAUUUCAGCGUUUUUAUGAGAAUCAGACAUGAUAAAACACCUGAACACUGCCAUCGUUGGUGCUGUGCCGAUAGGAAUAUCAGUCCAUGAGGAUUUGUUUUAAAUGUUCUUUUCAAUACUGUUUCCAAUGUCCUUUUGUUUGUUUGUUUUUUUGUUUUGUUUUUUAAUUUUUUAUUUCACUUGUACAAAAUAGUGACCACUUUGGAGGUAUUAUAAUCUCAGUGUAUUAUAACAGUGUAACUUAGUAAACCUUAAUAAACCAGUCGAAUUACCAGCCGUUCGUAUUAGACCGAUCUGAUGACGCGCCAAUGAAAAUGCAGAAUUAUUUCACUCGUCUAUUUCAAAAGCUUCUAUUUUUGUUACCAUUUCUAAACCAGUUGGAGAUGACGGUGAUCUGCAGUGGAGCGUCUACACUUGCAGCUCAUGAUGGAGGCAGGAAAAAAAAAAAGAGAAACGCGGUGGGUUUACAUAACGGUUACCACGAUGUAUUUUACAUCCGGCAGUAUUGCUCGUGGCAGAUAUUCAGUGCAUCCUGGCUCAGUGCAACAGUAAUUAUCAGGGUUGCACAAUACCAAUAAAUACAUUAGACCUGGUUAAAGAGUAGCCAGAACCAUAAAGAUGGAUCAGUUGGAUCACUUUAAUACUGAUGUGAUCCAUCAAAACAUUUUUAUCUGGAGUGUCCAAGAUGAACACAACGAACAUAUUUAGCAACCUUAAUUGCAAAUAUCUUAACAAUUAAUUAACCCCUGAUGACCUGAUGAUCGUCUAAUCCAGUUCCUUCCUACUGUACUGCUACAUGUUACCCAUAAUAUUCCAGACGUUCUUCAGAACCAUAGACGUCCGUCACUGUCAAAAAAGGCUUUUUAAAACGUAUUGUAUCCAAGCAGUGGUCCUGUCCUGUACACUUGAAAUCUGGAGCGCUGUUCAAUGUCUCAUGCACUUUGGUUUUGUUCGUGUCGUUACGAUGCCGAGUCUGUUUACACUCAGACGGUUAUAAAAAAAACAAAAAAAAAAAUCCAGCACAUCACUGUUUUUUUUGUCAUUUGUAACAGAUAUGGGAAAAAAUAUCUCUGAAUUAUUGAGUAAAGAUUCUAUUUCUUCUAUAAUUGGGGUUUUAGAAAUGCUGCACUGUAUUCAAAUAUUUAGCUUUAAUGGGUAAACUUUUCCAUAGAAAUAAGCAGAAUGAAUUUAGGAAAACUUGAUUUUGGUAACCACAGCCCUGUAAACCACACGCUCACUCUAAAUACACUUUAUUUUCUUUCUUUCCUUUCCUUUUCUUUCCUUUUUUUUUUAAAUCAAUUUUAUAUAUUUUUAGUUUAACAUUUUCUUUCUUUUUCUCUCAAUUUUUUAAAAACCCUUUUUUAUAUAUUCUUUUCCUAUGUUUUCUUUCUUCCUAAUUUUCUUUCCUCCUCCCUUUUGCUUAUUUUUUUUAUUUCCCUUUAUAAAAGGAAAUGUUCAUGUCCUUUUGUCUCUUCACGUCAUCCUGUUGCCUUUUGUUUCUUUUUCCUGUUGUUUUCUUCACGACGUCGUGUCUUUUCCGGACACUUUUACGUCCUUUACGAAGUGCACCUGUAGUUACGACGGGUCUGCGGUCUCAAAAUAAUGACAAACGUCUGACAUGCUGGAUUUUUUUUGUUGUUGUUGUUGAGUGAAUUGAUGCCUAGCAAGUUAAGUGAUGAGGUACGACUUUUUGUUCAUCAUUAGCACUUUUCUCCAUGAGUGAGCAAUGCAGACCGCGCAGUGUUCGCUCUGUCUCCAGUCUCAGAGUGUUGUCUCUGUCUCAGAGUAAACAAUUUAUCACAGAAAGAUGAUGUUUUUGGUCUCCUGACAUGAAAUAUCAGACUUGUGUAUGCCCUUAUUGUAUUUGCAUUCUCACUAAUUUGAUACAAAUUAAGUGUUUCAGUUUCCUUCUGAUCAAAUGCCUUUAAGUAGUCCUAGAAUUUGUAUGAGUAUGAAUUUUGCUAAACGAUUUAAAAGGCAUAGUGUUACUGAUUGGACGUUUAAGACGAGCCUUUGUUGCCAUAUCAACCAUUUUGUAUUUACCUCCUUAAAGAGUGUUAGUGCACUGUACUUCACUGUUUUUUUAUACGUGAUUUAAAGUGUCAUAAAUCAUCUUGUGCAUGUUUGUGCCUGUUCUUUAUAUUUUUUAAAAUGAUGCCAUCUCACCAGCUCCAAGGGAAACCAUUUGUGUUGAUGUGUUAAAGGACGUGUCACAUUCCUUUCCUAGACUGUUUAAGGAAUCUUGCUACUGGACUUAUUUCUGUUGUGUGUAAAUCUUCAGUGUUAAUGUAAAACUCACCACGCGUGUUGCAGUAUACACUCCAGCUGAAUAAAAGUAUCGUAAAUGAUAUCUGGGUAGAACGAGCUUCUCUGAGUUUCCUAGACGGCUGUGCUCCUGAGCCGGGGGGCAGUUAUAGUGUUAUUGUGUUCUGGGACGUUAUGGCAUCGAGCUCGUCCAACUGUACAUAGUAGGAAAGUAAAAAAAAAAAAAACUCCACUAUCAUUAUAUCGUAGUGUCUAAAGAAUGCCUGUAAAAUUACUUCUGAAUGUUUGUGAACAUAUAGGCACAUCCUUUUUGUAACUUUCUUUUACUGUAUUUUUUUAUUUGACCAAAUUUUGAGAUGGUUCUUUUCUUCAGAAUUGCUAAGUUAUUCAGAGAAACAACAUUCCACAGAUUUACUCACUCUCAGACUUGCCUGGUUCGACUUCAAUAAAAACUCUACUGAAUGUUUA